ACGACCUCGUCCUUUUGACAUUGUGUUAUCUUAUCAACUGUUAUCAGCUAUCAGCGAUAACAACGAUUCGGUGGUGACCAUUCGGUACUGACAGUGCAUCAGCUGAUUGUAUUUACAUAAAUUGUGUGAUAGCUGGAUUUAAUUUACAUGCGUAGGCUGUGAUUAUGGAGCGUUAGUGUGGUGUAGUACUGGUGGGUGUUAGAAUUUUCGAAAAGCGUUCUCGAUUGGCCCAACAUGGAUAGGACAAUGUAUGGCAAGGUGCUGCCAGGCACUUACUACCCGUUCCGCUGCGCGAUGAAGGAGAACGGCAUAUCGCCGGGCUAUGCCCUGUUGGCUGACCUACAAAACUCGAUAAACCCUGGCCGCGUCAGUAGUCCCAGCGGGCGGACUACAUCACCGAGUGCCAGGACCAGUUCUCCCGGUAGGACAGCGUCACCAAUUGGAAGAGGCAGCUCCCCUGGUCGAUUGAGCUCUCAGGGGGGUAGUUUGAGCUCCCCUACAUCUACUGGAUAUGGUUCAAUUAACGGAUCGAGGAAUAUAGGAUCUGAUUAUGCUAAGCCAGCGUCUCCAACAUACCAGAACACAAACGUGGUACACGAGAAGGCAGUGCCAAAGUAUACUAACCAGAGCUUCACACCCAGUUAUGGCGCAAACCCUGGUUAUGGGAGAACGGGCAGGGGGAACCUGUCGGAACUGGACACAUUAUUGGAUGACCUGAGUAACGCAAGAUACGGAAACUAUGCGGAGAAGAAUUAUACCGAGAGAUCGGACAACUACACCAGAACCAACGGUGAUGCCAGUCCUGCCUCAACACGGCCGACAGUGGAUUCACUUCUGGAUCAACUCAGCACUGAUGUUCAUAAUGGACGCGGUUCCACAUCACCAAUCCCGCCAUCAGGUAGUCUUCCACGACCCGGCACGAAACAGGUAACGGUGACGGUCCAAGAAACAAUCGUGGAACCAGCUCAGCAGCAGAUACCAGUUGAACAUGAGACACCAGUACAUACCCAUCGGCACCAACACGCCUCCAGCGCUACUAAAGAGCUGGAUGAUCUUAUGGCUUCGCUUUCCGACUUUAAGGUUAGCGCAGGUGCUCCCUCAGUAGACAGCGGUGCUCACGUGUACAGAGAAAACCGUGCCUGGCAGGAACAAUACCGCAGCAACCCGCGGCAACCCGAGUCAGCAUCUCUGGAGCAUAUGCUCGGAUCUUUAAGAGCGGACAUGAGCCGUCAAGGAGUACAAACCCCCCAAAAGGGAUGUUGCAACGCCUGUGAGAAACCCAUCGUUGGACAGGUCAUCACGGCGCUGGGCCGCACAUGGCAUCCGGAGCACUUCACUUGCGCACACUGCAACCAGGAGUUGGGUACUAGGAACUUCUUUGAACGUGACGGAAGGCCCUACUGCGAACCGGAUUAUCACAAUCUUUUCUCGCCCAGAUGCGCUUACUGCAAUGGACCCAUCUUGGAUAAAUGCGUGACCGCGUUAGAAAAGACGUGGCACACAGAGCAUUUCUUCUGCGCUCAGUGUGGCCAGCAAUUCGGAGAGGAAGGCUUCCAUGAGAGGGACGGAAAGCCAUACUGUCGCGCGGAUUACUUUGACAUGUUUGCCCCAAAGUGUGGUGGUUGCAACAAACCAAUAAUGGAGAACUACAUCUCUGCUCUUAAUACUCAGUGGCAUCCAGAUUGCUUCGUAUGCAAGGAAUGCCGCGAACCAUUCCACGGAGGCUCCUUCUUCGAGCAUGAAGGGCACCCAUAUUGUGAAACGCAUUACCAUGGAAAGCGCGGUUCUUUAUGCGCCGGGUGUCACAAACCCAUAGCCGGGCGUUGUAUCACGGCGAUGUUCCGCAAGUUCCAUCCGGAACAUUUUGUUUGUGCGUUCUGCCUUCGACAAUUGAACAAGGGCACAUUUAAGGAACAAAACGAUAAACCAUAUUGUCAUACGUGCUUUGACAAGCUGUUUGGUUAGGCAUUAAGAUGGCGUUAGCUGGCCUCUGUACUCUAUGGAUUUGACAGAUGACACUUUCAAGUUAAAACAAAUGAAUGAGAGAUUUUUUAAAGCAUUUACGUGAGUGCCACAAUUUUUUUAAUGAUAUGUUUGCUUGAUUUGUCUUAAUUUAAAAUUACAAAAACUGUCAUAAUAUCAUAUAUAGACAAUUGCAAUUGGAUAAUUUAACGCGUUUUAAUCCGCUAGAACACUUCAGUGUCAUAAUAAAUAGAUCUGGUGACAGACAGAUAUUGCUUUGUACUCUAUUUGCACAAUCAAUCUUCGCGCUUUAGAAAUAUGGUCUGAUUUUUUUUAUUCAAAAACGUGUCCAUAAAAAGCGUUUGUAGUCAUAGAGAUUUUGCUUAGUAAUGUCAAAACGUACAACGAAUACAAGUAUUGCCUCUUUCUAACAUUCAAUGAAUAUUCUAUUCCUCUCUCUUUCAUUGAUACAAUUA